AUGUCAAAGAUUCCUGCAGAUGUACUCGCAGUUUACCAGCAUGGGCAAGCUUCCAGCUGGAUAGUGGUUGUCGUCUUCGCCAUCUUGUCCGUCGUGGCAAUGGGUUUUUUUCUUGCCCAUGUUUCUUGGAUUUCUCUUCACAUGUACCUGGCCGCGCGAGGUGUUGCCGCGAGUCAAGAGAGGAAACGAUCCUUCUUCCAGACACAGCUAGGAGUUUACACGGUGUCGUUGUUGCUCAGCAAUUUUAUAACAAGUAUCGCAUUCCUGAUUAAUGCGCGUUGGUUUGAGUUGAAGAGAGUGGAGAGUGGAUCACUGUGCCAUUCGCAAGCCGUCCUCAGGCAAAUAGGUGGUACUGCGACUGCCUAUUUCACUGGAGCAAUUGCCGCGCAUGCAUUCAUCAGUCUCAUCUGCCAUCGGGCUAUGCCUCCCUGGUUCAGCUCCGCCGCAGUUGCAUUUGGGUGGGCCAUAUCUAUAGUCAUUGGUGAGGCACCUGCUCCUGGUGUCCUUCCAUUGUUCGUCAAAAGCAACAAGCUUGGGCUAGCUUACGGCUUCAAUGGUCUAUCGUGUGGGAUAUCGCCGGGAUACUCUGCAUUCGAAGUCGUGUUGACUAUUGUUCCAGAAUUUCUAGCGAUUUUGGUAGCAAUUGCGGUGUAUUGGCUAAUUUUCCUUGUCCUCGGAGGGGCACUAUCGAUUCAUCAUGGCCUGAAACUCUGCUUGAAGUCCGACGCGAAUGAGGGCGGUGCCAUUCCUGCAGGCCAGUGUCCUCAAUAUUAUCGGUUCGUCAAGGCAGUGGCGAAGAGUUUGGUCUGGUACCCUAUUGCGUAUACGUUCUUUUCAUUUCCCUCGUUAGUAGUCAUCAUGAUGCGAGCCACGAGAGACCAUGUCCCAUUCGGCUUGCAAGUGUUCGCUGACACCAGUUCUGCAAUGCUUGGGCUUGCCAAUUCACUAGUGUUACUCCGCACUCUUCGCAUUCUGUCUCCUUAUCUAGUGACUCAGUUGCCCCAGGAUGCUCCUCUGGGUGACUCGGACAGCUUUUUUGCGCCAAGUGCAUCGCCAAUUGAUCUUGAAGUUGGAGCAACGGAACGCCAGCAAUCCGGUGGCAUUCAAAGGAGGCAGAUAUGUUCCUCUAACCCGGAAUCACUGAUGUCUAUUUAUUCAAAUCCAUCAAAGCGAGAUUCUUUGCCAGUGUCGGUGUUAAAAGCGUUGGUCGAUGCCGUAUCCCAUGUGGCAACAUCUCACGCCUCACUGAGUGGAACUCAAAAAGAUUUUGCGCCCAUUGCUUCUACUGGAAACACAAUUGACCUGGUCUCUCCAUUUACUCUGUCAUCGACUAUCCCUCAUCCUACUCCUACCAUCCAGAGACCAUCUGCUAUCCCACUUCUUCGCCGUUCGACGCUGAUGAAGCCGCUCCCCCCUUCGCCUUGCCAGUCCAAGUCUCCACUUCUCCUAGAUUCGACCAUAGAUAUGCCGCCACGCUCGGCUUCUUCGUCAUUCUACGAGAGGCGUCAGAUUAUACCGGAGGACAUCGAUCCUGGAAAGACGCAGCCGCCGACAAAACCCGGGACCCGUCCGAGCACGAUUUCCAUCUCGUCCAUGCACGAGCACAUGGCUGCUUUAUCGCCACCUUCAUCCCGUAGUCCUCGCUUCCGUGGCGGUGACCUGCCGAGUGAUCGGAGGCAGACAAUAGCGAGCUCGACCAGUCCAUGUCGUGGACUGCCUGCCAGUCCCCGCAUGUUCAAGAUGCAGCAGGAAAUGGCCCAGGUCAGCUUGCCAAAUCUCCCUGCGGCGGUCAAGCACCCGGUGAUGCAGCCUCUACCCACUGCGAAAAGAUCUAGUGUGCAAAGGCCCUUUAGCUAUAACAUGCAAUUGUCUCACGCAGCUGUACCAUCCUCUCCAGCGUCCUCUCCAGCGAAAGUCGCGGGCAGUAGGCCUUUACCCAGGGUCUCUAUGAUUGGGGCAUCCGCCUUUGCCUCUAUUCCGGAACCUCCCGCUGGCACUCUGGCAUCACGUCGUUCGGUGCGAACCACUGUGUCAGCCAGUUUAACAUCUGCCAGCGGAUACAUCUGA